AUGCGGGAUCUGUAUGUGGCAGUACUUGUGCUGCUCUUUGUCUCCACAGUAACAGCAGGGGGCUACGGACACCGUCGAAAACACCACGCCAAUAUCUAUGGUCAUAAUAUUAUAAGAACAUUCCCAACACAUCAGCAAUAUUCCUUCGGUGGACAAACGUACUUUGAAAAUCCGAUUCAGAAUAGAUUUCAGUAUGUUACCUAUCAGAAUCCUGUUAUAACUGCGGCCACCGUCCCGUUUCAAGGUAAUAGUGUGAUAACUGCUACUGGAAUACCUUCUUCUUUCGCAAAUGGCGCCUUCACUGGAACAAUUGGAACGACAGGAGUUCUUCUACAACAUCCUCCACAAAACAUCUACCCGAGCCAGACUCUUAGACUCGCAUACCCCAGUACUCCGGUUGUCCCAGGAAAUGUAGGCAGUCCAGGAAUGACAUUCCUUUCGGGAGCAACACAGAGCGUGCCUUUUCAAUCUCCUGGUACUAUUAACCUAGGAACCCAGAGCAUAACUGCAGGUGGAAUACCAGUUUCUCCUCUUGGUACCACCAUACAGACUUCAAAUGGGCCAUUUCCAUCCUCAACACUAGCAUCUCCAGUUGGAAUCACCACCGGAAGUACAAUAAUUCAAAAUGGAGCUGCUGGUGGGAUCGUCCCAUUCAGUACGCAGCCAACUUCCGUGAGCUUACCUACUUCGUCGAUCGGAAAUAUCCAAAAUGGUGUGGCAUUCCAGGAUGUCGGUUUUAAUUUGCCCGUAACCUCCAAUUCUGCUUUUGACUCGGUGCCACAAGCAUACGAACAAGAGCAAAAUGGUCUUAAAACUGGCGUACCAACACUUGGCAAUCCAUUCAAUGUAGAGGAGAAAGUCGGAAUCCCUGAAUUCGGGGGUUGGGCUCCACCUGUUGUGAACGACAUUGUCAUCAGGGAAGACAAUGCACUUCCAACGAGAAUACAACAUCGAUCACUGGCUUCUAUACUGAGGAAAUUUCACAUGAAGUAG